AUGGCGGCUCUCAUCAGGCAUGAGCUCAGCAAAAGCUGGACAUUCAAACAAAAAGAUGACGCCUCGGAGGAGGAGGCAUGGCUUCCUGUGCCUAGUAUCCCCAGCCAAGUCCACGUCGAUCUGCUGGCAAACAAGAAAAUCCCAGACCCCUUCCUGGACAUGAACGAACUCGCCGUCCAAUGGGUCGCAGAAAAAACCUGGAUCUACCGCCUCGCCUUCCCAACACCGCCAGACUUUUCAACCACAGCAGCACUCGGCACCACGCCAACCACAGACCUCGUCUUCGAAGGUCUAGACACCUUUGCAACAAUCACCCUCAACGGCAACCAAAUCCUCGCCUCGGACAACAUGUUCCUCUCCCACCGCGUCAACGUCUCACAACACCUCAAGACGGACGGCGCAGACCGCACCAACCUCUUGGAGAUUGUCUUUGACUCGGCUCUGCUCCGCGGCAGACAGCUCGUCGAGGAACAUUCUCACGAGCACAGGUUCAUCGCCCGGCAGACGGAGGCAGGUCGGAUCCCCGUUCGUAAGGCGCAGUAUCACUGGGGCUGGGACUGGGGUCCGAUCCUCGUCACGGCUGGGAUCUGGAAGCCUGUGUUUUUGGAGCGGUAUGUUGCGCGGAUCGACGAUGUGUGGGUGAAGAGCGAGGUGAGUCCGGAUUUGAAGAGUGUUUCUGGGCAGAUUAUCGUCACGACGCAGGGGUCUGGAGCAGAGGAGGUUGCGGUGACGUUCAGUCUCGACGACGAGGUCGUUUUGGAGAAGCGUAUAGCUGUUGCGGAGGACGGUAUCGCCACAGCAGACUUUCGACUUGAGAAGCCUGGGCUGUGGUGGCCCCUUAACUACGGCCCGCAGACGCUCUACACAAUCACCACGACCCUCCACCACACCUCCGACGUCCCGGACAAACGGCACCCACUCGCAACCCAUACCCAAAAAACGGGCUUCCGCCGCGCGCAACUCAUCCAAGAACCAGACGCCCCCGGCAAAUCAUUCUACUUCCGCAUCAACAACACCGACAUCUUCGCAGGCGGCUCCUGCUGGAUCCCAGCAGACAGCUUCCACGCCGCCAUCCCCGACGCACGAUACCGCGCCUGGGCCGCCCAGCUCGCCGCCUCGAACCAAAACAUGCUGCGGAUAUGGGGCGGCGGCGUCUACGAGGCCUCGGCGCUGAUAUCGGCAUGCGACGAGCUGGGCGUGUUGGUGUGGCACGAUUUCUGCUUCGCGUGCGGGAGUUACCCGACCUAUCCGAGUUUCUUGGCCAGCGUCGAGGCCGAGGCGAGGCAGAAUCUGAAGAGGUUAAGGCGGCAUCCGAGUGUUGUGAUGUGGGCGGGGAAUAAUGAGGAUUAUCAGGUGCAGGAGAGGUAUCAGCUUGAGUAUCGGUUUGAGGAGGAUAAAGACCCGGAGUCGUGGUUGAGGUCCGGGUUUCCGGCGAGGUAUUUGUAUGAGUAUCUGUUGCCUAAGAUUGUGGAGGAGGAGAGCCCGUGGGCGGUGUAUCAUCCGAGUAGUCCGUGGGGUGAUGGGAAGCCGACUGCUGAUGCGACGGUUGGGGAUAUUCAUCAGUGGAAUAUCUGGCACGGCGCAAUGAACAAGUACCAAGAAUCCCACCUCCUAACAGGCCGCUUCGUCUCCGAGUUCGGCAUGGAAGGCUACCCUCACCUCACCACCACGAACCAAAUGCUCACCUCCCCCGCGCAACGCCGCCCAGGCUCCAUGGCCCUCGACUUCCGCAACAAAGCCUACGACCACGAGCGGCGGAUGAUGACGUACAUUGUCGAGAAUUUCCGCGUCCGCUACGAUCUCGCGUGUUUCACGUACCUCACGCAGCUGAUGCAGUCCGAGACCAUGACGUUCGCGUACAAGGCCUGGCGGCGGGAUUGGGGCACACCAGGAAAGAGAGGAUGUGGCGGCGCGCUGGUGUGGCAGCUGAAUGAUUGCUGGCCGACAGUGAGCUGGGCGAUUGUGGAUUAUUGGCUUGUGAGGAAGCCUGCUUUUUAUGCGAUUGGGAGGGCGUUGAGGGGGGUUGAUGUCGGUGUUGGGAGGAGGGUUGAUGAGUGGACUAAGUGUCAUGCUGAUCCGACGCUCGGGGCGAGGGGGACGGAGUACGAGGUGUGGAUUGCGAGUGGGAAGGUUGAUGCCGUUGCUGGGGAGCUUGUGGUGCGGUUUAUUUCUAUUGAGACUGGAAAGGAGGUGAGAGGGAGGGUUGAGAAGAAGGUUGUUGCCGAGGCGAACGCGACGACGGAGGUUGUUGAGAAGUGCAAGGUCGAGGCCGUGGGGGACAAGUUUGGGGACGCGAGUGUGUCGUUUUAUCCGGAGGAGGAUGAUCCGUUUGUGAUCCAUGCGACGUUGUUUGUUGAUGGGGAGGCUGUGGCGGAGGAUACGGCGUGGCCUCAGCCGUUGAAGUAUAUCGACUUUUCGGACCGCAAGGUGCGCGUGGAGGUGAGGGAUGGGGCGUUGGUUGUCUCUGCGGAUAGGCCGGUCAAGGGGUUUAUUAUUCAGGAAGAGCGCGGGAUGAAGUUGAGUGACAAUGGGUUCGAUGUGGUGCCGGGCGAGGAACGGGUUGUAAGUGUCGAUGGUUACGAUGUGCAGAAGUUGCGGUGGACGUACUUGGGUGCACCUGAGGCGUCUUUGGGGUUCGCAUAG